AUGGAACGCCAGAACGAACAAUCCUCUCCCCAAUCUUGGGCUCUCACCGACAGUCUCCGCGAAGCACUAGACACCCGUGUAAAGUCUUUCCUGGAAACCCUCGACUCUUCCAAAACCAUGAACGCUUGGGGUGCCACUCCUCGUCGCGAUUCCAUCCUAUCCGAAUCCUCAGCCGCCGCCGAAGAGCGUGCAAAGACCGACUAUGAGGCCACCUCUACGAGCACGGCUGAGGAUCUCGCUCUUGACGCAGACCAUUCUCUUGACGCCCAAAUCAUGCUCGCCGAAACGGCCAUCCCAAAGUCGGCUGCAAAUGCGGAAGCCGAACAGGACAAGAUGCCAAGGGCUCACUCCUGCACCAUCGACGGCGCAUGUCUUCGCGACCUGUGGCUGAGGGGCAUGGUAACCGUCGCAGGCACCGCGCUGCUACUCCUCUUCUGA